UUUGAGUCCACACUACAUGGAGGCGUUAACACUUCCUUUCUUGGCGAAGUGUGUCGAAAGAAGUGUCUUCAGUCCUUUUACAGCUUGUAACCAUGGCCCCCGGCACGCAAACGGACGACAGGGUCUCCAGUGUACGGGAAGGCAUUCGUGCCAUUCUGCUCGGCCCGCCCGGUGCGGGGAAAGGGACGCAGGCACCCAGGCUUGCAGAGAAGUAUUGUGUGUGUCAUUUAGCCACUGGAGACAUGCUGAGAGCCAUGGUGGCAUCUGGCUCAGACCUUGGCCAGCGUCUCAAGGAAACCAUGGAUGCCGGCAAACUGGUGAGUGAUGAGAUGGUGGUGGAGCUCAUAGACAACAACCUGGAUACACCUGACUGCAAGAAUGGAUUCCUUUUGGAUGGUUUCCCACGUACUGUCAAGCAGGCAGAAAUGUUGGAUGGCCUCCUGGUGAAGCGUAGUGAAAAACUGGACUCUGUGGUUGAAUUCUCUGUUGAUGACUCUCUGCUAGUACGCAGGAUCUGUGGGAGGCUCAUCCACCAGCCUAGUGGCCGAUCUUACCAUGAAGAGUUCAACCCUCCCAAGGAGCCUAUGAAGGAUGAUGUGACCGGGGAGCCUCUUAUGCGGCGUAGUGAUGACAAUGAGACCACGUUGCGCACUCGGCUAGAGUCCUACCACAAGCAGACGGCCCCUCUAGUGCAGUACUACAGUUCCCGUGGAUUGCAUACUGCAGUUGAUGCUUCUCAGUCCCCCGACCUUGUCUUUGCCUCCAUCCUCGCUGCCUUCUCUGCUGCUACCUGUAAAGAUCUUGUGUAUUUUAUCUAAAUCAUCUCUGCAUUCCUUUAUUCACUCUCACUUUAAAGGGCUCCAUAAUGAUCACAUUUGUAUUGUGACACGAUAUUUGAAUCUUUUCCGGAAUAUUCUUAAUUCUUUUCAUUACAAUUGGUUUUUGAUUCCUCUGGCACUUCUUGUGCCAUGGGUAACUGAUCUCCUUAAAUAGCAUCUUAAAUAUAGUGCGUAGAACAUCAGGAAACUGUGAUUGUACUACCCACACACAAUUUAUUGUCUGUAUAGACCACAUACAAAUUGAAACUAAUGUCGUUUGGUUAAUUGCCUCCAUAUAAUGGAUACAGGUGCUGUAGCACUUUUUUUCUUUUGCCAGACACUUAUAAAAGGGUAUGAUAAUGUAAUUUGCACUACUGCAGGUUAGAUGUAAGCCUAUUUACACAAGGUAAUGUUAUAAAGAAUAACACGGCCUGACUGAUGGAUUUGGCUCAUGUAGUAAUGCUUGUUUUCCAGUGGAGGUGUGAAUAUUUAAUAAGGACUGCACUUCAUUUUGCCAUUCAAUGGGAUGAUUACUGAACAAAAUAAAGCAUUUUAUGUUUCUAUUUCA